AUGGCUUUUUCUCAACUAGUGGUGGCUCUAGUCACUUCAUGGCUGACGCACCGUGUCUAUCUCAUUGUAUACCGUUUGUAUUUUCAUCGGCUGGCGAAGUUUCCUGGCCCUCGACUUGCUGCGAUCUCAACUCUCUACCGAGCGUUUUAUCAGAUAUGGAAAGACGGCAAGCUGAUCGAGCAUGCCACAGAGCUCCAUGACCUAUACGGUCCUGUUAUUCGCAUCUCGCCCAACGAAUUACACUUUCGAAGCGUCGCCGCGUAUCAUGAUAUCUAUUCGGCCAAGUUCCAGGGCACCAAAGACCCCGACUACUAUGAGCAUUUGGGACAAUCGACCGCUCUGUUUGGCCUUGUCGAUCCCAUACAGCACGGCGCUAGGUUUCGCCUGGUGGCCCAUUUAUUCUCCAAGCGCCACUUUGACUCACUGACAGCGCGUAUAAAUGCGCAUAUCUCGCGCUUCUCCCAGCUGCUGUCGCUAUCCGCGCAGAACCAAGAGAUUUGCAACUUAUCAUUCGGAUUCAGAUCGGUCGCACUAGAUAUUGUGAAUGAUUUCAUUUUUGGUGACCUUCCCCACAAGUUCCGCCAGCUGAAAAACGAAACGUUUUUAGAGCCUCUGGCCGUGGGGACGUACGACGCCAUGAACUGGUGGAUCUGGCUCUCACGCAAUUACCCUACUUUGCUUUCUCUCAUUCAGAAAAUGCCUUCGUCUUGGCUGCAGUCUAUGACUCACGCAUUCGAAGCACCCAAAAUAGUCGUCGAGCUUGUCACGUCGAUGGUGGAUGAUGCUCUCACAGUCCGUCCAAAGGAUUGGCAUGAGCGCUUCUUUUAUUGCAUCGUACAUGGCCUCGAGGGGCAGAAUAGGAAUGGGUCGGAGUCAGCCAGCGUACCGUCUUCGGUGCUAGUCGAGGAGGUCAUGGGCACAAUGCUGGGCGGCGUGAUCGAUAUUGCGAAUAUCCUACCCUACGGAGCAUUCCAGCUUUCACAGAGCCCACAGCUCCAAGAUCGUCUUUAUGAAGAGCUCCGAGGUGCCUGGACGAACAUCACCGACCCAAUACCCGACUAUGAGACCCUUUGUACCCUUCCACUUCUGAAUGGAUUGGUGAAAGAAAGUGUACGAUUGACGCACGGCGUGAUCUCAGGACCUCCUCGUGCAGUAGGACCGCUAGGAGCUGUCAUUGAUGGGUACAGCGUUCCACCGAAGAGCGUCGUGACCACGACUUCACUGUACCUCCACAUGGAUGCCGAUGUCUUUCCCCAGCCCGAAACCUUCGACCCUCUUCGUUGGGUGACGGGGAAUCCCAAACAAAUGGAAAAUGCCAUCGUCGCCUUCUCCAAGGGGCGACGGAUGUGCCCUGCCAAGCAUUUGGCGUAUAUGGAAAUGUUUUCUAUCUUUGCCAUGCUGUUUCGCAGAUUCCAGGUGUCUUCCUAUGAGACCGACAUCCAUGAUUUCGACUACAGUGAGUAUCUUUCUCUCCAUUUUCGGGGGAAGCCUCUGCGGGUCAAACUGCGAGAGAGACCUUCGUAA